ACCUGGAGAUGCUGGACACAGCUGAAGGACUCAGAAGCUUCAACAGGUGUCUCCUGGGAGCAGGUGUCCACAAAGCUCUCCAGUUCUUAAGGGGGCUUUGCUGCCAAGCUGCUGUCCAGCAGAGGUUUCACACAUCUGGGAUUAAACAGAGAUCUUGCCCAGCAGGUUGACUGAGCCUGGAAAUGGAGUUGGAGAAGAUUGGCAGAACCAGGAUCCCCAAGUCCCACCACAAGGUCCAGGGGGGUUCUUCUGAGGCCAGGUCCUCUGCGUUCUCCGCGGAAUCUCGGUGGACAUCAUAUUCUAGAAGCCGUAGGAAGCAGAGGAGGACGGUAUUAACCGGAGUCCAUCUGGAGACCAGGUACUGUGGCCUGGCAGAGGACGCAGAAGAUGGCGAGCAGAGAAGAGACGAAACAGACACCUCCACCCGCAGCCAGCACCUGAACAAGAGACUGCUGGACCACUUCAGACAGCUGGCGGCCAGCAACCAGGACACGGACCAGGUGGAUCUUCAGUUUCUGGAUGAGGUGAUCUCAGACGGCGCUGACCCAAACUGCUCGGACAGAUAUGGACAAACUGUCCUCCACGAGGUCACAGCUGAUGAGGUGUCCAGAGCAUGGAGCGUAGAUGUAAUGCGGUUCUUCUUGGACCGGGGAUCAGACCACCUGUCCUCGGAUCAGUUUGGAGUAACGCCUCUUCAUGUGGCUUCGGCCCUGGACUAUGAGGACAUGGUCCAGUUCCUGCUGGAUCGAGAAGCAGCUGAUCCCAACGCUCCAACUGUCCUGGACCAGCAGACUCCUCUUCACUACGCAGCCAAGAACGACGCCGUUGGCUCCAUCGAGCUGCUGCUGCAGGCCGGCGCCUCCAUCAGCUGCACCGACCACAAGCAGCGCACGCCGCUGCAGCUCGCCGCCAGCAUGGAGCGCAGUGAAGCAGCUCAGGUCCUGCUGGACCUUGGAGCGGAUGCUGGGGUGAAGGACUCUGAUGGACAGCUGUGUAUCACUGCUCUGAUUGGCCGGAUGAGUCACGUGGCUCAGGCGGCCCUGCGUCAGUUUCACGUGAUGGACAAAAUGACGAGGCAGCAGUACUUCUACCUGAACCUGCUGGAACCAGAGGCUCACCUGGCAGGUAACACCGUCCUGGCAGGAGCAGGACUCAGUGAGCCGACCACCCCACUGCAGGUCGUGGUUCUGGAGGGCAAACUAGACCUCAUCAUGGAUCCGGUCAUUCUCAAACUCAUUGAGGUUAAAUGGAGACUUUACGGCAGGUUGGGGGCAUGGACUCUCCUCGUCCUCAACUUCCUUCUCAAUGUUUCCUGGACAACUGUCGCCAUCUCUGUGUCCGCCUGCCAAGACUCACCUGAUCGCUACAGCUUUCCCCAGGACUGGUGGCGUGUGCUCCUGGUGGUCCUGGCGCUCCUGCUGACCCUGGAGGAGGUGUACAGGGAGGUGCAGGACAUGGCGUCUUCCAGGAGGAAACUCCUCCUGCGCCGCCGGUGGAUGGAGCGCCGAUUGCAAGACGACCUGCGCUGCUGUCACCCGAUGUGGCCUCAGGAGAGGCUGUACCUCCUGAGGGAGACCAGCAGGAUCGGCAGCAUGAGGGGCAACUACAGCCGAGACCUAUGGAACGUCUUUGAUUGGCUGGUUUACUCGCUGCUGACGGCGUCCUUCAGCGUUCACAUGGCCGAUGUGUUGCAGCCGUCCAGGAGCCUCCACACGGUCACGCUGCGCCUCUUCUCCAUCUCCAUCAUCUUCCUCUGGCUGCGGCUCAUGAAACACGUCCGAGCCUUCAGGUUGAUGGGGCCGUUCAUCGUCAUGUUGGGGAACAUUGUCGGGGAUGUGAUGCGUUUCCUGUUCCUGUAUGCUGAGAUCUUCAUCCCCUACGCCUGCAGCUUCUGGAUCAUAUUUGGAGGAACAUCGUCAGUUCCCAGCAUGCAGUCUGCCUCAGGUCUGCUCUACAGUCUGUACCGGAUCACUCUGGUGGAUGAGUAUGAGUACGCUGCCAUGGUGAGGGUGGACAGCGUCAUGGCUCCUCUGCUGUGUGGCACCUUCCUGGCAGCGUCCUCCAUCUUGUGCAUCAACCUGCUGAUCGCACUCCUAACCGACACCUUCCAGAGGGUGCACGAUAACUCCCAGGCUAACGCCGUGAUGCAGCAGGCUGCUGUCAUCCUGCAGAUAGAAGAGUCCAUGCCCCGCCUACGCCGUUUCUAUGACGACCAGUACAUCUCCAAACGCUGCUCUCCGCUGGGUGACACCUGUGCAAACAUCACACUAAGCUCUCAUUACCAUCAUGAGUCUGGGCACAUCACAGCACAAGUCAGGGACGCUCUGGAUCGGUUCCUGGUCCUACAAAGGGACAUGGAGGCCACCAGGAGUUCAAGGGUCCAGACGGAACAACGCCAGCAGAACCAACAGGAGAACCAUGAGCUUCAAGACCUGCCAAUCCAAGAGCCUCCAAAAGCUCAGAAACAGGAGCUGCAGAAAAACUGUCUGUAUAAGGACCAGAAGAAGCUAGAGCAGCAGAACCAGCAGGACCAGCAGGACCAGCAGAACCAGCAGGACCAGCAGGACCAGGAUCCUCAGCAUUUGCAACAAGAGCUUCAGGCCAUCCAAGCAGAGUUGAGAGAGCUUCAAGCUCUGGUCCACCAGCUGGUUCAGACCAGGAAAGACUUUGUUUAAAAAGACUUAGGAGAUCUUUUCCCAGUCAGACCAGGCAUCCUGAUCUAUGUGCCUCCAGGUUCUGCAGAGGUUGCAUGCCUCACUUUGAUACCUAUAAAGUGUGGUGGUAUUUAUGGGUUUCCUGAUGGACCUUGUAAGUCCACGUGGAUUUAUUUAUUGGAAUACAACUGUGAGAAAAAGUGA